ACAGCCCGGUAUAACAGGCGCGGCCGCGCUCGGCCCCGCCGGGCCGGCUCCUCCUUCCCGGCCAGGUGUGCCCGGCGGCCUGGGGGAGGCAGACACGGCCCAGACACCCCGCAAGUCCGGCGGCACCCAGAGGCAGCGGGAUCCCAGGCGGGGAGAGGGGGCCCCAGCCCCGCGUCCCCGGGCCCCGCGAUGGCGGGCGAGGCCCGGGCCGGUGGGGACGCGGCGCUGCGCCGCCUUCUGAGGCUGCACCGCACGGAGAUCGCCGUGGCCGUGGACAGUGCCUUCCCGCUGCUGCACGCGCUGGCAGACCACGACGUGGUCCCGGAGGACAAGUUCCAGGAGACACUGCAAUUGAGAGAGAAGGAGGGCUGCCCACAGGCCUUCCACGCGCUCCUCUCAUGGCUCCUGACCCAGGAUGCGGCAGCCAUCCUGGAUUUCUGGAGGGUUCUUUUCAAGGACUACAACCUGGAGAGAUAUGCCCGGCUGCAGCCCAUCCUAGACAGCUUCCCCAAAGAUGUGGACCUCAGCCAGUCCCGGAAGGGGAGGAAGCACCCGGCCGGCCCCAAGGCCACUGCACUGCUGCCUAGGCCCCCCAGCAAGAGGAAGGCCCUGGAAGAACCACGGGCAGCCCCGCCAGCAGCCCUGUCCCCGAGGGGCACCUCCAGUCCAGGCUCCCAAGCCAAGGCCAAGCCAGCCAAGAAGCUGGAGAGCAGCGCGGAGCCACAGCGCCUCCCAUUGGGCAACGGAAUUCAGACCAUGUCCACCUCAGUCCAGAGAGCCAUGGCUGUGUCGUCUGGGGACGUCCCGGGAGCCCGCGGCGCCGUGGAGGGCAUCCUCAUCCAGCAGGUGUUUGAGUCAGGUGGCUCCAAGAAGUGUGUCCAGGUUGGGGGGCAGUUCUACACCCCCAGCAAGCUCGAAGGCCCCGGCGGGGGGAAGAACAAGACCCGCAGCGGUGGCCUGAAGACCCUGGUCCCAGCCAAGGGGACCCAGGCUGCUGCCCCCGGUGGAGGCGAUUCAAGGGCAGGCCCGCGGGACAGGGCCCUGGGCCUCCCUGCCCUCCUCGGCGAGCCCCAGCUCCACCAGAAGAACGAGGACGAGUGUGCGGCGUGCCGGGACGGCGGGGAGCUGAUCUGCUGUGACGGCUGCCCCCGCGCCUUCCACCUGGCCUGCCUGUCACCGCCGCUCAGAGAAGUCCCCAGUGGGACCUGGAGGUGCUCCAGCUGCCUCCACGGGACAGCCCAGCAGGACCUGCCCCGGACCGAGGAGCCCCGGCCCCAGGAGCCGCCCGCAGCGACCCAGGUCCUCCUGGGACUGAGGUCAGCAGGAGAGGAGGCAAGGGGACUGCCCAGGGAGCCCCCGGAUGGAGUGGAUACUGCUGUCACCUACAAGCAUGUGCUGGUCCCACCUUCUGCAGCCCCCCUGCCUCUGCUGGAUCCCUCGGCCCUGCGCCCCCUACUGUGUGUGGGCCCUGAGGAGCAGCAGGGCGCAGUGCCCGGAGCUCGGUGCGGCGUGUGCCUGGACGGCGCGGACACCCUGCGGUGCGCACAGUGCGCCGCCGCCUUCCACUGGCGCUGCCACUUCCCCGCCGGCGUGGCCCGGCCCGGGGCCGCCCUGCGCUGCAGAUCCUGCUCGGGAGACCUCGCCCAGGCCCUGGCCCCGGCGGAGGGGGCGUCCGCCGCGAGCCCCGCCCCGAGUCCUGCCCGCCCGGUUCCUGGGACCCCCAAGCUCAGCGAUGCCGCCGGCCCUGGGGCGCAGGCGGGGGACGAUCCUGCUGGUCAUGAGCCGGUUCUGCACAGGGAUGACUUGGAGUCCCUCCUGAGUGAGCACUCCUUUGACGGCAUCCUGCAGUGGGCCAUCCACAGCAUGGCCCGCCCGCUGGCCGAGGCACCCACCUUCCCCUCCUGAUCAGGGACUCCCGGCCUGCAGGCAGCAUGGGAGGGGGAGGCGAAGCCCCAGAGCAGACCUCACCCUCACAGAGGCAGCGACUCUGCUCUGAAAGGGACAGAAGGGGACAUGCUCCCUCACCUCUGGCAGCUGCCGGGUUAGGACUAGGAACUGAGUUCAAGUGCUGUUAACUCUCAGCUUGUCAACAGCCCUGUCUUGGCAGCACAAAGCCACAGUGUGCACUGAAAUAAAAGUCACUUCUGUGUGCUCUCCA